GCUAGCAUCGCUCAUUCGCGACGCGCACGCGCAGUUCCCUCCAGUCAACCAACAAGCAACGAAUCGUCCAUUUUGAAAUUGCAAAUUUGUGACGCGCAGUUAUCACAACAAAAUAUUUGAAAAACUCGACAUUUCCUGCGCAAAAACAGGUAGACAAUGGCCGAGAAUAACCCACAAGAGACCGAAUCUUCCAACCCGCCGCAGCAGCAACAGCAGCCCCGGCCCAUGGGUGGCGGCAUGGGCGGAAUGGGCGGCUUCCGAGGUCGCGGGGGCCCCGGGGGUCGGGGUAUGCCCAGAGGACGCGGUGGCUUUAUGAGGGGACGGUUCUUUUCCAGGGGAGGACCUGGUGGCCCGCCAGGACGUGGAGGCCCAAUGAUGAGGGGACGCGGUGGCCCCAGAGGGGCGCCGAGAGGACGCUUCCCGCCAGGACCUGAUUUUAAUUUUGCAGGUGGCCCCCCUGGAGGUCCAGGCGGUGAUGCGCCUGGACCUCGCGGGCCCCCUGGCGGUCCACGUGCUCCCAUGGGUCGUGGUGGUCCUGGUGGUUUCCGUGGUAGAGGCAUGGGUGGCCCCCCUAAAGGACCUGGUAUGGGUCGUGGUCGUGGUACAGGGAUGGUACCACGUGGGAGAGGAUUUGGUGGUCCGAGGGGCGUAGGAGGCCGUGGUGGUUUCCUUGGUCAGAAGCGAACUCCUGGACAAUUCGGUCAAGGUGGACCAGGACCAAAAAGGCCGCGAUUUGAAAAUGGCAAUCAGAACGGAUUUGGACAAAAUAGGACGCAAGGAUACGGUGGCAGUGGUGGUGCCUCUGGUGGUUACCAACAGUCGUACAAUUCACAAUCGUAUGGACAGGGUCAAGGUGGUUAUGGACAACAAGGCGGUGGAAGUGGCGGAUAUGGUAGUGGAUCUGGUGGAGGUUACGGCAAUUCGGGACAAUAUGAUGGUACGAGUUAUGCGACCACAUAUCAGACAGAUUCAGAUAACUACGGAUCAUCAGGUUACAGCAGUGGUGGGGGUGCCGGAGCCGGGGGUUACAAUAGCCAACAAGGGGGCUAUGAAGACAGAAGUGGGGGAUACGCAGCUUCCGGGGGAUAUGGUUCAACAAACCAGGCUAGACGGUUCUAAAAAAGCCAUCGCGUCUUUGCGUUAGAGUGUUUUUAUCAUUGAUGUAAUUGUCUUAUAUAUAAUUAAGUUUGUGUGAAUGAGUAACUCAAUAUAUUUUUUAUAUUUUGUAGUACAUGUUUAGUUAAUAAGUUUUUAUGAUGUUCUUUUGGAGAUUAUACUUUUGCUUUUUUGGGAUCAUUCAUAACUUUUGAGGAAAAAAAUUUGAACGUCACAGUAGUAAAUAACGAUCUCGUCAAAUCGACCCUAAUGCCCUUUUUGAUGUGGAUUAGUGCAAGGGAAAUUUUGUAGUUUAAUAAAGAAAAAAUGUAUCACUUUAUUUAUUGAUGUGCAUCUAAGCUAGUAUUUGUAGUUUUCCAUAUGUUUCGAAUUUAAACAGUCGGACGAACAUUUAAAACAAACUCAUUGUCGAGUUUGAAUUAUGAACAUUUUUAAACGAUUACUUGUACAUUAAGAUGAGGCAUUAAAAAUAAAAUAUUUGAUAAGACA